AUGGCGCCCAUCGACGUAGAGACUGUCCUCUCGCAGCUGGAGCUCGAGGAAAAGGUGGGCCUGUUGUCUGGCAUCGACUUCUGGCACACGAAGCCCAUCCCCCGUCUUGGAAUACCCUCGAUUCGGACCUCAGAUGGCCCCAAUGGCGUCCGAGGCACCAAAUUCUUCAACGGAGUCCCCGCAGCCUGUUUCCCUUGCGGCACCGGCCUCGCUGCCACGUGGGAUGUCGACCUUAUCCGCAACGGCGGUGAGUUGAUGGGAAAGGAAGCCAUUGCCAAGGGCGCACAUGUGAUACUUGGCCCAACCGUCAACAUGCAGCGCUCUCCCCUCGGCGGACGUGGCUUUGAGAGCUUCAGCGAGGACCCGUGUCUUGCAGGAUACAUGAGCGCCGCUACCGUAAACGGUAUCCAGUCGACUGGUGUUGCCGCAACGAUCAAGCAUUUUGUGGGUAACGACCAGGAGCAUCAGCGGCAGGCCGUUGAUUCGAUUAUCUCCGAGCGGGCCUUGCGAGAGAUUUACCUCCUUCCGUUCCAGAUUGCGCAGCGGGAUGCCAAACCAAUGGCGUACAUGACGGCGUACAACCGAGUUAACGGAACCCACAUGAGCGACAACCACAAGAUCCUCCAAGGAAUCCUCCGGGACGAAUGGGGCUUUGAUGGCCUGGUGAUGAGCGACUGGUUCGGCACGUACACCGCCGUGGAAUCCGUGAACGCUGGCCUAGAUUUGGAGAUGCCUGGCCCUCCGCGCGUCAGAGGACAGCAAACGCAGAUUGCUUUGGGAGUCCAGAAGCUCUCUGAAUUUACGAUUGAUGACCGUGUUCGCAAGCUUUUGGAGUUGAUCAACAAGGUUGACAAGCUCAACAUCCCGGAGAACGCCCCUGAAAAGUCUGUUGACUGCAAGGACACAUCGGAACGGCUGAGACAUGUCGGCUCGUCUGGCCUAGUCUUGAUGAAGAACGAGAACAAAGUUCUUCCGCUCUCAAAAGAGAAAUCGCUGGCAGUCAUUGGGCCCAAUGCGAAGAUUGCCUCCUACUCGGGCGGUGGUUCCGCAAACCUUCGUCCGUACUAUGCCGUAACCCCCUUCGACGGCAUAUCCGCGCAGGCGCCGGAUGCCAAGUACAGCCUUGGUGCUGUCGGUUACAGAAGGCUGCCCGUUCUAAGCUACCUUACCAAGACCGGAGAGGGCAAACGCGGCCUGACCGCCAAGUUCUACAAGGACCCGCCGACCUCGUCCGCCCGGAAGCCGGUCGACUCGGUGCACGUUGAAGAUUCAGACAUUCUCCUUUCCGAUUACUCUAAUCCUGAGAUUCGUGAGAUUACCUUCUGGAUGGACCUAGAGGGGCAGCUCACGCCGGAAGAGGAUGGAGAGUAUUUGUUCGGCCUCACCGUGUGCGGCACAGCCAAGCUCUUCAUUGACGGGAAGCUUGUCAUUGACAACACCGAGAACCAGAAGCCGGGCGAUUCUUUCUUCGGCUCGGGUACAGUCGAGGAGAUAGGCUCUGCAGUGUUGAAGGCCGGCCAAACUUAUGAUGUCUAUGUCCAGUUUGGCUCCAGCGCGACAUCCAAAAUGAAGACACCGGGCGCCACUGUCAUGGCUGGCGGCGGUGUCAGGGUUGGAGGCACUAAGAAGACCGAGCCCGAAGCCGAGAUAGAAAAGGCGGUGCAGCUUGCCAAGGAGGUUGACCAAGUCGUUAUUUGUGCGGGUCUCAACGCCGACUGGGAAUCGGAAGGCUACGAUCGAACUCACAUGGACCUUCCCGGCCGCACGGAUGCGCUCAUAUCGGCUGUUGUUGCUGCCAACCCUAACACGGUCGUUGUCAUGCAGUCGGGCACUCCAGUUACGAUGCCGUGGAUCAAGGAGGUUCCUGCUCUGGUCCACGCGUGGUAUGGCGGCAACGAAACCGGCAAUGCCAUCGCAGACGUUCUCUUUGGCAAGGUGAAUCCGUCUGGGAAGCUGCCGUUAUCGUUCCCGAUUCGCAACGAGGACAACCCUGCUUUCCUGAACUACCGGUCCGAGCGCGGCCGCACUCUGUACGGCGAAGAUGUUUACGUCGGCUACAGGUUCUACGAAAAGACGAAGCGGGACGUUUUGUUCCCGUUCGGACACGGCUUGUCCUACACAUCUUUCGAGCUGCGCAAUCUGCAGGUCACGGAUGACGCAGCGAGCGGAAAUGUGAAGCUCGCAGUGGAGGUCCAGAACACUGGCGCAGUUGAGGGAGCGGAAGUUGUACAGGUAUACGUCAGCCAGCAGGCGCCGUCCAUCAACCGUCCGCCAAAGGAGCUGAAGGGCUUCAACAAAGUGUUCCUCAAGCCGGGCGAGUCGAAGACGGUGUCGGUCGAGGUGCCGAAGAAGUACGCGGCCAGCUUCUGGGACGAGCAGAGGGACAUGUGGAUCAUGGAAGAGGACAAGUACGACGUCCUGGUCGGUGCCAGCAGCGCUAGCACCCCCUUGAAGGGCACUUUCUCGGUAGAGAAGACCAAGUGGUGGAAGGGGCUCUAA